ACGCUCGAUCAGUUGCACGCAUCGUUUCAAACGAUCAUGUACUUGUUGUUUUUUACUUUUUACUAUACAUAUUUUACGUACGGUGCUCACAUAUCCGCGCACUCACACUCGCGAUACGUAAUCAGUGACCGCGAUCAUUUUUAAAUUACAUACAUACAUACAUACAUAAAUAUAAUACUUAUGUCAAACUCAUUGUUUACUUUUAUCAUAUCAUAAAUCAUUUAUAAUUUAAAUUGAUUUGUUUAUAUUUUUUUUAUUUUGCUAUAUAUAUUAAUAUACAUUUACGUUACACAAAUUAUUUUUACCCGACAAGUAAUUCAACUUAACGUAAAAUCGGAGUAAUUAAUAAGUGCGCGAAGUUGAAUUAAAAAUUUUAUUUAUUUUGGAGUUUAAAAAAAAAUAUUGUGUUAUUAAUAUAUAAUAAAAUACAUAUAUUAUAAAUAUAUACCUUGAUCUACCUUAACAAAGAAAUAAAUAAUUAUACAAAUGCGGAAAUUUAAACUUACAAUUACGCAUCGGGCAAUGUUCUGUCAUGAUUUAUAAGACUUAAAAAAUAUGCAAUUAGUAUUAGUACCGUUUACAUUGAAUUAAUAAUUUAAAAAAAAACCUGGUAGUGAGAUCUCUCAAGGUUUCACUUGCAGUUGGUGAUUGUACAUGCUUGCGUGUACAAUUGAAUUCAUGUUUAACAUAUUUAUCUCGGUUAUGUUUUACUAACUAUAAAUACUUUUAAAUAAUUAAAUAAAAGGAAGUGAAUUAAAUAUAAAUACAACACUUACUAAAGUUAUUUAUUUGCAUAAAUAAGUGUGUAAGUGCUGAGUAAUUAAUUAACGGGCUGGUGAAUUUUUUUUAUUGAUUCCUGCGUUACAUAAACUGGGUCACUAUCGUAUCAUAUUCAAUAAAAAUAAGAAAGGAGUGUUUUAUAUAAACUAUUAAAUAGUUAAUAGUAAUAAAAUAUGGGGAAAUUGUGGAUUUUGUUAUUAAUUUUUAGUGCGUCAUCAUGGGCAAUGAAAGAUAAUUAUUCAGUUCCUGAUAAAUUACGCUAUGAUUUAUUAUUAUUAAAAGAUUUACCGAUAAGCAAACGAUCGGGACGUGGCGACACAAAUGAUGUUUACUUAAAAAUAUUUGAAAUCUAUGAUAGAUUCAGUGAAAAGUUAACUAAUGAAAUUAUGAGUAUGGGUAAACGUCACAUGAAUUCAUUAAACUCGUUACGAUCAUGGGCAUUAGUACAGAAAGAUAUGAAUAUUAUUGAAGGAAUGUAUAGUAAUAGUUUUUUACUAAAAUUACAUUCUGUCACUAAAAACUUUGAACCAGUGAAUAUUAAUUACUGGAUUAAUUUCGCUGAUGCUGUUUUUACGCACCCGGAUGUAUCGAUUCCAAAAGCUUUGGAACGCAUUUCGGAUAAUAUUGUUCAUCAGAAUUUGUUCAUUGAUGCUUACAAGGAAGCAAAAUCUCAAAUAUGUGACGAGCAACAGUCUCCACAGCAAUUACUUUAUAAUUUGUAUAAUAUUAUUGCAAUGAGUGAACUUAGGGGGUACAUGAUGAUGCAAUUUUCAUAUACGAUACUUCGUGUGCAUAAAAAUGGUACUUUUGAAGACGAAAGAAUAAAAACACUUCGUGAUUAUGAAACACGAGUUUCUGACACAUUAAGAGCAGUACGUACGGCAAUGGCAUUUGCACCACGCGAUCUUUGGAGAUGUGAUCCAGAUAAACCAGUAGAAGAUGUGACUUACACUGAGUUGAAGCAGUUAUUCCAAGGCUACAUAGUAAAUGAAAUUGAUCUAAAUCCAACAGCAACAUGCCGUGAAAACUGUGCUUACUAUUCAUACUCAAAUGUCCAAGGAUGUAAUUACAAUUUAUUCUGCUCUCAGCAACGCAAAUGCAAUGGAAAAGUCUUACACUGUCAGUACUUUGAUUCAGACAUGUGGAUUUGUCCGUCGAAUAAAAACAGUAAUCGAAGGUACGAGUAUAUAGAGUAUGAAAAUGGACGAGUGUUGGGUAAAAAAGGAAGUUGUAAAAAUCCAAUUACUAAAGUUGACAGCUGGUGGCGAUGGCUCUUUUGGCAUUGCAGCUAUUGUAUGUGUUUCUGUGAUGACCAUAAUCGCGAUUCUGAUCGUUACUUUAAUCUACGAGACGUUACUUCUGAUGUUACUAACAACAAAGUUAUCACUGGAUUUAGAUUCAUAAAAUAUGAGCAAAUAAUUCAUAUACAAAUUCACGAGGGUACAUUAGCAGAACGAGGAAAAAUUUUAGAGAAUAGUGGUUCAUGGAAACCAUUUGAUAACUAUACAAUUUUAGACCGUGGUGUUGUAAACGGCGAAGAUUAUCACACUUUAUCAUGGGAAAAACGUGCCAUUGAUUUGGAUGAUCUCACUGCACCUGUUGAACAUGUUUUAACCGGUGUAAGAUUUAGAAUGGUAGGAGCGCAUUUAAAUUUUGAAAUUCGCAUUACUCCAUUUAAUUAUACUUCUGGAUUAUUAAUUAAACCUCUGGAAAAAAGUAUAUGGAUUAGUAAUGAUAACACUGAUGUUGCUUUCUCCAACAGUGAAAAAAGAAAAGAACUAGUGAUAUCUAAACCAGAUAUCCCGACACGCAUAAAACAGCAAUCGUCUCCUGAUUCCGAGUCUAAUCAAUUUUUAAACUUCGGGCCAACUGAUUUAGACAAAGAUGCAGCACAAACAACGAUACCAUUUUUAGAUGUACAGCCUGUGAUAACGAAUCCACCAUUUCCGUUAUCCGGAGCUGGUAUCUACCACAAAGGACGCAGUGGUUCUGGCGGUUAUAUCGCUCUCAAGGCCAUCACUUAUGAUUUUACUGAACAUUUACGUGCUGACGUACCGCCUCCGCCGCCCAUUAUGGAAUUAAAUCAGAUUCCAGCACAAUAAUUAUUAUUUUAUUUAACUAUUUUUAUUACUUUUUUGUAUUACGAUGAUUUGAUAAAAGGAAAAAACAAAGAUUAGUUUGCCAAAAGAUACAAAUCUACAGUGAUAAUAGUUUAGAGUAACUUUAAUAUUAUUGCGUAUCAAAUGGAAAUUAUUUAUAAAUUUCAAAUCGAUAAACCUUUUGUUUAUCAGAGAUUUUCUUCCAUGACUAAUGUAAUCAGUUACGUUUUUUUUUAUCUUUAGUUUACUACUAUCUUAUUUCUUAAUGAGUUACGAUAGUCAUUUUGUGUUUAAGAUUAUUAAGGACAUUCUCAGACGAUACCUCCCACUUUUUCAAAAUGUUUAAUGAUGAACUGUCAUCCGCAUUAAAAUUUUAUCAAUUAAUUAGAAAAAAAUUAAAACAUUUAUUGAAAAAAAGAUAACGCCGUUACAAUUUCGCCGAGAUUUUUAAAAAAAUUACUCACAGUUAUUAUCAAUCAGGAGUUAAAUAUAAAUUUCAGUAAAAUCUUCAUAUCAAUUUUAUAAUUUGAAUUUUCAAAUUUUGUAGUCUGAAAUUUAGUCAAAAAAUUUGUUAAACUCCUAAUUGAUAACAACUCUAAAUAAUUUUUUUAAAAUUCGAUAUCGGCGAAAUUGUCCUUUUUUCAAACAUUUCAAUUUUUUUAAAUUAAUUAAUAAAAUUUUAAUGCGGUCAUGGCGUUUGAGCCAUUGAAUAUUUUUAAAAAGUAGGGGAGGGGGGGGUCUGAGAAUGUCUUUAAGCAUGAUUGAUAACUAAUAUCAAUCGUGCUUCAAUCAAUUGAUCAAUUAAUAAUAUAUGUUCAAUAUUAUACAUUAUUUUAUACGUUAGUCAAUUUUCAUACAUUAUUACUAAUAACAAUUAUGUUUAAUUAAUGUAAUUAUUAAAUUUAUAAUUAAUAAACGAUAGAAUAAUUA